CCCAACGAAAUUCAGACACACGUCCGACCCCAUCGUUUCCUUUCCCUCCAAAAUUCUUUCUCACUUUCUCUCUCUCUCUCUCUCAUGGAAUCCACCGUCAAGCAAGAAAUCAUCGAAUGGCCAUCUCAAAAUCCCCCAUCGGAUGGCUCAAAGCAUGUCGCCGUAAUCGAUCUCAGCAGCAGCAGCGAUUCCGAUUCCGAUUCGGACUCCGACGAGGAAUUUCCUCCUUCUGCCAAAAGACCUAGGGUUUCUAGCGAUGAAGAAGAAGGAGAAUCUUCUUCAAUCAAGAAGCCGAAACCUGACGAUUUGCGAUUCGUUCUCCCACUUGGAUUCCUCGAUCCGCUUCCCCCUGAAGAUCCCACCCCACUGCCGCCUCCUCAGGCGCCCCCGCAGCUGAGACCGAAGGUCGCGAUUCGAACCUGCAAGCAGUUCUGGAAAGCUGGGGACUACGAGGGCGAUACUGUCAAGGGUUCGGAAUCCUCUGCUUCCGGGGGUAUGGAUCAUGUGAGGGUCCACCCCAAGUUUCUACAUUCAAAUGCAACUAGCCAUAAGUGGGCUCUUGGAGCUUUUGCAGAGCUAUUGGACAAUUCUUUGGAUGAGGUUUGCCAUGGAGCUACUUAUGUGAACAUCGAUGUGCUAGAAAAUAAGAAGGAUAAGAGCAGAAUCUUGCUGAUUGAUGAUAAUGGUGGUGGAAUGAAUCCAGAUAAAAUGAGACAAUGCAUGUCUCUUGGGUAUUCGGUAAAAAGCAAAAUAGCAAAUACGAUUGGACAAUAUGGGAAUGGUUUUAAGACGAGCACCAUGAGACUUGGAGCAGAUGUGAUUGUGUUCUCUCGUUGUCGUGGAAAAGAUGGAGAGAGCCCCACACAGAGCAUUGGAAUGCUGUCCUAUACAUUUUUAAGGAGCACUAGGAAGGAGGAUAUCAUAGUUCCCAUGAUUGAUUAUGAGAACGAAGGGAGAGCUUGGAAUAGGCUGAUGCGAUCUUCUCCAGCUGAUUGGAAUAGAAAUAUGGAAACCAUAGUGCAGUGGUCUCCUUAUUCAAGUGAAGCAGAUCUUCUUCUACAGUUCAAUUCAAUGAAAGAUCAGGGUACACGUGUAAUCAUUUACAAUCUGUGGGAGAAUGAUCAAGGGGAAUUGGAACUCGAUCUCUCUGCUGAUCAACAUGACAUUCAACUUAGAGGUGUCAACCGUGAUGAGAAGAAGAUACAAAUGGCAAAACAAUUCCCUAACUCCAGGCACUUCCUGACCUAUCAACAUUCAUUAAGGAGUUAUGCAUCGAUUCUCUAUCUCAGACUCCCACCUUGCUUCAGAAUAAUUCUGCGUGGCAAAGAUGUUGAGUACCACAACAUAGUGAAUGACAUGAUGCUGAAACAACAGGUUACAUACAGGCCGCAAUCAGGUCCUGAUGGGGUUCCAAAGGAUCCAAAUAUGUUUGCUGAGGUGACAAUUGGCUUUGUAAAAGAUGCAAAGCAUCAUAUUGAUGUUCAAGGAUUCAAUGUUUAUCACAAGAAUCGGCUUAUAAAGCCGUUUUGGAGGGUUUGGAAUUCUACAGGAAGUGAUGGGCGAGGAGUAAUAGGUGUUUUGGAGGCUAAUUUUGUUGAACCAGCUCAUGAUAAACAAGGCUUCGAGCGCACUACUGUGCUUUCACGGCUUGAGGGGAAAUUGAUUCAGAUGCAGAAAACUUACUGGUCUACCAACUGUCAUAAAGUUGGCUAUGCUCGGCGUAACAAGAAGCGUCAUGGUCAAGGGUCUUCAGCUAGAGAGAGUUCACCUGAAGAUUUUGACCUGCCAUCAUCUCGGCAUUCAAAGAAAGCCACUUCCCCGAGCAGUGUUUCCAGCAGGUCACAGAAGUCACAAAAAUCAAACCAGCCAGUAGACAGUGACAAGUGGCAUUCACGUUUCAAUUACAAGCAGGCUGAAAGGGCAGAUCCCUUGUCUGUGGGAUCUUCUAAAACGAGUGGUGGUAAACAUGAGGAUGGAUUUGUGUCCACUGGGGCAGAAAAUGGAAAGAGUGCCUCAAAAUUUGGAAACAAGUUAAGUUCUCAACAAUCAAGGUUACAUGAAAGGUCGCCACAUACAGAGGAUGAGAAUGACCAUGAAAUUCAGUGCCGUCGUUCACAGAGACUACUAAAUGAACGUGGUGGCCAGAAAUCAUCUCCUGUGGCUAGAUCUUCCCAGAAAGAUAGCCCUCAUGCACCGCGGUCCUCUUCACGCUCAGAUGACUGUGAAAAAGAACAGUAUCAUGCUUCAAAAGGAGGAACUGAUCAGAUCACUUCAAGGACUCACACAAAGGCAAUUGAUGACACAUGUAAUGGAAAUCUAUCUGGAAUCAGUCCCUCUGAUGCACAUAGUAUAAAGCAGUUGGAAGAAGAAAAUGCUGAACUAAAACAGAGAAUUAAGAAAUUGGAGGAAUCGAUGUCACUUAAGUUGCAGGCUGAAAGGGACAAGAAUAAAUUGCUAAAGGCACAAUUUCACGAAUUGGAGGAGAAGCUGGAGGCUGCUAACAAAGAACAAGAAGCUUUGAUAGAUAUAUUUUCAGAAGAGCGGAGUCGAAGAGACAAGGAAGAGGAGAUCUUGAGAAAAAAGUUAAAGGAUGCUUCUACCACCAUACAAGAAUUGCUUGAGAAGGUGACCUCUAACACAUAGAAGUCCUAUGCUAGAGCGCUAUGGUUCCGAGUCGAACAAAAUCAUGACACUGACUUGGUUUUUGAUAACUUCCCGAAUCUUAUCAAGGCAAGGCCAUGGAGAUAUUCCCUCUACAACCAGCUGUUUGUAUAGAAAUGUAAAAGAAAAAAACAAAGGAAGAAAGGAAUGGAAGAAGAAAGGCAUGGUGAUGCAGAAUUGUAAGUCGCAACCUGGACUCGCAUUGAUGCUGGUAAUGGCGAAUUAUAGGGCGACAAAUUGACAAAAGGUUGUUGUAUGUGUGUAAGUUGACUGAAUAUCAUGGUUUUCUGACCAUGUUCGAACAGGCAGGUGGGCCCUGGUUGCUCUGACACUAACGAGGUGGUGGGAUUUUGUGCACCCAUUCCCGACCCAAUUUUUGAAUGGGAAUUGAAAACGUAUUUCUGCC